CCCGAGCGGAGAGGUAGCGAAGAACCGCGACGCGUCUUCGAGGAGAGCCUUCGCGGACGCGGACGAACAUGCCGUCGGAACCGCUGCGCCUGCUGCUCCUGGGGAGCCUGGCCGCCCUCUGCGUGGGACUCUCGCCCAGUCCUCCGCAGGACGCCUCCAAGACGGGCAGCUCCAGAGGGACCCUCGACUCCUCGGGCUUGGGAGACUCGGUCGCAGUGUUCGGCGAGUCUGGCCUCGGCCCCGGAACGCCGUCCUCGAGGGAUGCGUCCCACCAACACGCCGAAGGCGGUCGACCGAAGUCAUUGAAACAGGACCUCGCACUAACUGGCCACCGAGUCCCCGUCAACGAGGUGACUGGCCCGACUUCGGGCUAUCCGCGCUCGUUCUCGUCGCGGCCAUCACCUCGCCCGACGCCUCGCCCCACGUCGCAGUCCCUGGGCCAACCGGAGAGAAGCUUGCCGACUUAUCCAGAGCCACGAUACAAACGCCAGCUCGACUUGGAACCCCAAGACGUCCUAGCGUUGCUUUCGAUGUGGGAAAACAAACGACGUAACAGAAACUGGCCCGGACAUCACUCGGACGAGUACGACGACGGCGAUGACGACGACCAGGAUCAAGAGAACUUGAUCGCGGACGACGAUGACGGGGUUGAUCCAAGAAAUGGAGGUAGUACUUGGUUGGAGGGUCCGAUUUAUCCUCGACGGCAGUUCAGCGCAGGCUUGGAUGCCGUGGCACCGUCUGAUGUUGGGGUUCCCCGAACUCAUCCUCCGAAUUACUACGAAGAGUAUGGUAACCGAUACGACCGAUUAUUCGAAAAUGGCCGACACGAGCCGCCUCCUCGUUACGAACCGACCGAUGUUUACAACCGACGCUUCAAUGGCUACUACGCUCCUCAAAAACGUUUCGGGUUCUUGCGCAAACGGUCUCAGGAGGCCGGAGGUGGCCGUGGACCCGGGAUCAAGGAACUCGGUAGAGCUUCGAACCAAAUACAUUUGAACGAGAAACUCGUAGUGUCGAAUGAUGAGCGAAGCUUGAGUCCCAGCGAGGCGCUACCGAUCAAGGGACUCGAUAGAGCUUCCAGCCAAAUACAUUUGAGCGAAAAAUCCGUAGUGUCAACUGAUGAGCGAAACUUGAAUCCUAACGUGGCGCUACCGAUCAAAAGACUCGCUAGAGCUUCGAGACAAAUGCAUUUGAACGAGAAACUCGUAGUGUCGAAUGAUGAGCGAAGCUUGAGUCCCAGCGAGACGCUACCGAUCAAGAGAUUCGAUAGAGCUUCCAGCCAAAUACAUUUGAGCAAAGACUCGUAG